AAACCCGAGCUCGGCCGCACGAGCAAAUCGUUGUCGACCGUCUUCCGUGAGAUCCUGAGUGAUCAGGCGUUCGUGCCGGAACGCAAACCACCCACUGAGACUCAACUGCCACACAAACAGCAGCAUCAGGUAACCCCCUCGCAACACCACAUCAACACACAACACAACCAGCUCAAUCCAUCCCAACACUCCCAUGCCAACCCGUCUCAGUACCCGCUGGGCAGGACCCAGGGCCAGCAGAUACCGAACUUCAACCUGACGCAGGGCUCGCCUAUGACUGCAACGGCCUUGCAGCAACUGCCCGGCACUACCACAGCACCACAGCAGCAGCUGCUGGGCAACACAACGUACCCACGGCCGCUGAAUAAUGGGCUGGAGCCGCUGGACAACAACGCUACACACACACACACACGCACACAGGGAGGGAUGGGUCUGGAGGGAGGCUUUAUGAUGGGUAAUUCGGCGGACAUGAACUUCAAAGACGGUGCCACCAGCCUGCCCAGCGUGACGGGGCUGAGACUGCCGUCGGAUAUCAUGCGUGUCAUGGAUGCGGAAUUCGGCAACCUGGCGGCGGAGGGGGCGACGCGGGAAUCCGCGCAGAGCAGCGUAGAGACGGAGAACGACUUUCUGAGUUUCCUGGACCGAGAGAGUAAUGCGCUGCCGCGGCUGCCGCACCGAUAGUUCAUAGUGGUGAUGUGUAGGGCAGUAGGUGCGAUACCUGUUGUGGCGCAGGGUUUGGUACAUAUUCGGUUGGCUGAUACAGAGUGACAGUGGAGAUGGAGGUAGAGGAGACCCCAUCUGGCUAUGUCGGAUAGGGAGGGUAUUACUGCGUUACGGAAUUAGUCACACCCACAGCCAUGCCCUGACCAAGACAUGUAGGGUUUGAGGUUUGGGCUGAGAAUGCGACGCACCUGCCUGUAGAACUUUUGGGUGCAGAUCCCACUUUGGCGGACCGGGACGUUAGGGGCUGGGUACACUAUGUGGAGACAAAGAGUGAGCACUCAGACCCGCUUGUUGUACGCGAACGAGGGCUUUUGCCUUACCAACCACGAUUAUCGCACCGACGACCAUCCGUGCCCUGACCGGUAUUCAUCGCAGGGUUUAGGGUUUCGACCUUGCUGUAUGGUACUCGGCCGUAGAUAUACCGACCAACCGUAUGCCAAUCGUAUCAAGAUCGCUGUCCUGUCCUGUCCUGCAGCUCCUGGGGUAUGCUGCACCCAAAUCUCCUGCGAGGUGUAUCGUAUUCUCCCAAUCCAGGUGUCAAGGCACCAAUAGCCCUGCCCAGGUCAAUACUUGCCCAUACGCUCGGCUGACCGCAUUCCAAUUCGUGCGCGCGUACUGGGCUAUUUGUACAGGUACGGAUACAGGUACAGGGACAGAUACGAAGCCGUGCGAGGUGUCGGAUAAUCCGACAAUUGGACUACGGUAUCAGCGGCGUAAACCCUAAAACCCUAAAAAAAAAGUCGGAUAAUCCGACAAUAGGACUGUGGUAUCAGCGGCGUUGGACAAUUAGACCCACUAUUAGCAAGGCGCCGUGUCCCUCUGCUGUGGGGAGAGGCGUGUGGGUGCACUCAGGCUGGCACACCUGUGUGCAUGCACAGGCCUUUGUAUGUGUAUAUGCACAAGCCUGCGUAUGUGUAUAUGCAUUUAUCAGUACAUGUGCAUGAGCAAAUUGUGUGGGCAGGGUAUUCCACACAUGCGGUCACUCGCACAGUAUACGGCGAAUCGCGUGGUUCACUCGCGAGCAGAGGCAGGCGUGUGUGUGUACAUGCGCUGCCUAGUGUUCUGAGACGUUGGCUCGUAUAGCUCGCCCUCACACUCAUAUGCGUCCACACUCGUACAUACACACACACACAUACACGUACACAUACACGUACACAUACACACACGGCCAUAGAGAGAGGACCUGGCGUGCAUCCCCCACGCCCAUUCAGAUGUGUAACUGAAUUGUAAUGGCGAGUUGGCUAUUAGUAGCAGGGUAACAUUUCAUUGGCCGCAUAAGGCGUCGCCCUACACCGUACAGGACACACAAAUGCUUUGGGGGAGACUGGAGUGUACACAUGCGCGCAGGAGAAGGCAUACGCAAGUGCACACAUCGAUGGGCUCGUGUCCGUAGGAGAUGUCGGCUACACAACACAGCGAGAAGUGCUCUGAGAGUUGAUAUAAGUGUAUACUUGUACGUUCCUCUCGCGAAUGAAGGCUGCUACAUAUCUACAACGUAUCGCUGUGAAAGCGAAAAGCGGUUGUGGUGGUCGCGGACGACCACACACAUACAGACACACACGUGUACACACGCACCUGUACACACACACGUGCACACACACACACACACACGUGUAUACUCAUACACACACAUACGUGUACACACAUACAUAUACACACACGCACACUCACACACAUACACUCACGGGGACACGCGCAAAGAGCAAGGCGUAUUACAGCUUCUCAGGCUCUCAUUAACUAAGCUUAUAUCGAGACACAGUACGCACAGCUAUUCAAGUCAGACUAUGGACACAUGUAGGACGCUUCCGAUCAGGUACACACCUUAAAACAACAGGAGUCCCGUCGUCAGUCAGAAGUCUAUGAAACUGGGGCGGCAAGGAUUUGCCGAAUCUGAGGAAUGCCGGCGAUAACAGCCAGAACCAUUUGGUCAGAGUCGACUCUAUUGGACCGGGAAGGCUGAGUAGUGUUGUACUUAAGAUCUGUGGAUAAGGAUCUUUAUAAGUGACGGGCCUCGGGCGAAAAAGCCGGCUCGCAGGAGGAGAUUGAGGCUCGUAUUCGGUCUGUGACGAAAUUAUUUGUGUGUGGAGGGUCUCGUAACUAUUGUUCUAUAACUUCAAGUAGCAUGUGAGGGAGAAGACAAAGUAACUGUCACAGAGGUGCAGUACACCUCAUUCGUAAAUAUGAUCAACAAGACGGAACUCGGUAUGAACAAUGAGUUCCUCGGUUGGACCGACUACCAUGAUGACGCCCUCUCAGUAUACUGCAGAAAGCAAGCAAAGUGCCUAAAAUCUCCACAAACCAUCGUAUGUUCGUUCACAAGGCGUAAUGUGGUGCGUAGGUGUUGAAAACUUUGUAUAAUAAAGAUUUGAAAGGC